GCAUGAAUUACGUAUUACAUCGGUUUCAUCUACUAAAAUGCCGACGAAAUGAUUCUGUGACAGAUCUUUGGAAAGUUUGGAUCUGUCGGUCAGAAUGAAUGUGUGGAAAAAUUCUAUCGGUUUCUAGAUUGAAAAUGCCGAGAUUCGGUCCCAGAUCUUGAGAAAAUUUGGAUCCGUCCUCCGUCAGAAUGUGUGAAAAAAAGAAAUUCCGGAUUUGGAUGUGUCUGAAGCAUGAUCGCAAAAAAUUCGCGAUUCAAUCGCAAAUCGGAAAAUCUGUAAGGGGUGUCCUGCCCAUCCCCAUGAGGAUGUCGCCUGAUUUUUGUCAUUUCCAUUUGAUUUUCGAAAAAAAAAAUAUCCAGGGCCGAUAUUGUUCGGUUUCUUUGAAGCAAGCGCUUUUCUUUUGCUACUAAGUCGACAUCAACCUUGUAUAUUGUUUAUCUUUACGACAGUUAUUCAUUCUUCUUCUUUCUGCGCUUGUUUCUGAUUCUGUCAGUCAGUAUUGCGGUCAUAAUUUUCUAAGAGAGGUGAUAGCCAAAGUCAAGGGAAGAACGCACAGGCAAUUGCAUCGUUCCUUGUCUAUUUCUGGAUUUCCAGACAGAUUCCCUUUGUUUUAACAUUUGUUCUUCUGCAAAACUUUUGGGAGAAAUCUUUAUCUACUUCCAUCUAAUUCAAAACCUAUCUCGAGAACUGUCACCGAAAAAAAAUAUGGCAGUGUUGAAUUUGGAAGCAUCUUCGUGCUCGGCGUCGUGGCGAAGUAGAGGCAGAUCCUUCACCCUCCUUCUGGCAAGUUGCGCGGUUACUUACGCGAGUGGGUCGUCGUCUCCUCUUGGCGGUCCACCUCUUGCCGACGGCGCGGAUGGUGAAGAACCACAGGGGGUACUAGAAGAUCAUGCUCAUCAGGCGCGAAAACGAAAUAACAACGCCAGGUUUUGGGAACAGUUGCGGGAGGGUGGUAUCUUUUUCGACUUCGAGACGAUGUACAGUAGAAAAGGCAGCGAGCGAAAGGACACGCCGUUGACACAUAUCGCUGCGUUUCUGCUGGACCGCAAUACCCAGAUACGAUCGCCCAAAGCGAAAGAAGAUGCUGGGCUGCUACAACUGCCGACGGCUGGAUUUCGACGGGGAGCAGAGGCAGCCGGCUGGGACGGGGAAGAGCUGCCAGACACCUUAUGAACUGCAAAAGUACAACUUAUCGUACUCGUAUAAAUGCAUUACAAAUUUCCUCAGCAUGAGAAAUAAGAUUUUGUAAUGCGGAUUUGCCUUAGGAAAAAGAUUUGUAUAUGCAUGAGUGUAAUACGAGUGCGAUACUUGUUUUGCACAGGAUACACCUACCGGCGCGAGAAUUGGCAGCGAGAGUUCGACGUGAUCGUGUCGCUGCCCCACGUGCGGUAUGACAGUACACAACUCCCCCUCCCCCUCAUUUGUCAUGUAAAAUAUCCAAUCCACCCUUUGCCUCUUGGCACUUUUUGCAUGACCACAAGCUCUGGUAGCCCAAAUAGCACUGCACUCCAGUGCAGAUUUGCCAUGCAAAACCGGCACUCUUGCUGAUGCUUGUAUUGCCGUUCAUGCUAUACAAGUGAGGGGGAGGGGGAGUUGUGCACUGUCAUAUGCGGAAGCGGGUGUCUUUCAACGCGGCAGUAGACGGGGGCCCGUUUGAGAAGUGCAUCUUUCUUGGACGGAAAAACUGGGCGGGAAAACCUGGGGAUGAUCCAAAUCUGUGGUCCUCGCGGGAACUGGUGCCGCGUGAAGGUCUGCAAAGUGUUCCAGCAGGACCAAACGAUAAAUUUCUGUUCCUCCCGCAAGCACCUGCGCGCUUGAGAACUGAUUUUGGCAGGGAGUCCGCGGAAGUAAAUGUAUACAACGAAUGGUGCGGGGCCGUGUUGUAUAACGGACUGCAGGCAAUGGUGCAGAAGUACACCGAUCAGCGGCGGAGAGACAUCCUGACCACGUUGGACGAAAUCAGUGUGAAAAUGGUGGAGGGUGAAGCUGGAGGUGCAGCUGGAGCCGCGGGGGCCGGCAGUGAAGCUGCUGGAGGUGCUCUCGCAGGUACUUCUUACUACAGCUGCUUGUCGGUGGAUAAGUACACUUGUAGUUGCUCUUUGCUGUUUGUUCACCAUUUUGUUUCAUUUUUUUUUGAUCACAGAUAUAAAUUAGAGGCCUCAUGGUCAUGAUCAUGAUCUCUCUGGUCGUGCUCAUGCUCCUUAUGGCAAUGCAAUACUUGGUGAUAACGAAGAGUGGUCCUCUUGAUGUCGUUGUCCUAGCUACUUCCCAAUCUUCGAUUGAACUGUGGUCCUCGAACAAGUGAUUGGGUUUCUAGUAAAAAUGUCCUGCUUCUCUUCUACCUUUAUAUUUAUUUUACAGGUGCAGGUCCAGAGCCAGACGGGGGCGCAGUGGCAGCUGCAGGAGCUGCAGGAGGAGCAGCUGCAGCUGCGGCGCCCGCAGCACCACCAGCUGCAGGAGCGAAAGAGCAGCCGAAAGAGUUCCUUUACGAGAUCACAGUAACGUACUCCGAACGAUACGCACCAGGAGAGACAGCAGAACCGGGCGUUCUGACGGGGCAGGACGAUGAACAGAGUAUUGUGGGGAGGACUUUGGACUGGCAGUUCGCGCGGCUUGCGGAACAGGAACAUGACGACCCUGCCAACAUUUUUACCGCACCAGGAGAACAACAUGAACAACGCUGGCCUGUACCUGCUGAACAGAGGAAGGCAUUUCACGAGCUGCUAGACGAUUACCUAAACGGGAACAACAGAUUUGUGAAAUACAUGCGCCGGUGGGCGGCCGAACGAGGAGAAGGAAGAGGCCGCUCGCCCGAAAUCGUGGAAGACCUCGUAAGCGACGACCGUGGUUGGUGGUGGGUCGAGGCAGAGGCGGAGGCCGAGCCGGCGGCCGCUGCCGCUGCUGCGCCCGGUGGAGCCGUAGGGGCGGGCGGAGCCGCUGGAGCUAGCGGGGCACCACCAGCAGGCGCACCCGCAGGCGGAGUUGUCGCAGAUAUUCAUUUCGUAGCUACUCCACCGAGAAAACGGCGCCGGCGGGAGAUUCGUGGACCUGCAAAUACUGGUGGUGCCGCAGCACCGCAUCAGUCGGAUCGCACCGAGGCGCUGUGGUUGAAUGCCGGUCCCGACGAGACGCCGACCCCGGGCCGCGGUCGUACUACCCCGCGUGACGUCCGUGCGUCCCGAACGCGUCCUGGGAGUCGCCCUGCGCCCGACGAGGAGCGUCGUCUCGAUCCCAGGAAGAUGCGCCUCAAGGCAGCUCGCAGGGUGCAACAGGCAAAGACAAAGGAAGCUCUGAGAGAAGAAUUCAAAUUUUUGAACACGGACGUCCAGCGGUCCGUCCACAGUUGGAAAAAUGUCUGGGGCAUCCGCAAAGGCGCAGCACCCGGCGAGUACGCCUCCGAGGACGCCCUCCGGGCGGAGAUCACCGAGCGCCUGAUUCGAAGCCACGUGGCCUGGCAUGGCGGGUAUGCUCACGACCUCCCUGCUCCAGCAGGAGGGGGAGCAGCAGCAGCUGCACCUGGAGGAGCUGCUGUUCAUCUCGCAGCGGCAGCCGGCGCACCUCCUCCUCCGGGAGCAGCUGCAGCCGCAGGCGUGGUUGACGUGGACCCGGCUGCGGGGAUAAAGAUAAAACCGCCGCAGCGCGCUUUUGUUCCCGUCAACGCGGCGGGUGUACCAUCUGGCCCGGAGCUUCGGGUGUACGAUCUGGCCGAGCUGGCGCGCUACCAAGACGAGUUAUCAAGGUGAAAAAUUUCUCCACGACCCCCGAACUUGGGAGCAUUUGUAUUGCAAAAGACACCAGCAAGAGUGGCGCUUGUCAUGCAAGCGAUGCGAUACACAUACACGCCUAGACUCAUCUGCAUCAGAAAGAUAAAGGAAAAGACUCGUACUUCUUUCAUGCAUGACAAAAAGUUUGCAUUAGGUUUUGGAAACUUCGCAUCACAAGUUUUCGUGACUUUGGUGGUCGUGGGGGCAUUUUUCACUGUAAUACGAGUUUCGCAACGUUUUUAAAUACGAGCCCGCCAUACCCGAGGAACACGCUGCCAAGUACAUGGCCGCAUGGCUCGUGCACGUCAAAGAGUUUGAGUUUGAGCCGAUGCAGACCGAAAGAACUGGUACAGCUGGUCGGGACGUCAAGAAGUUGAAUAUUUUCGCUCACAAUGGGGACUCGUUCGAUUAUCCAAUUCUGUGCCAAAUCUUCCGGAAGCACGUGGCGCAUCUCUUUCUGAACAUCAGCGGAGGAGCUUCUACUUCUACGGGUGGAGCAGCAAACUACCACACAAACCUCCUGGCCAGCAUCUGCGAACGACACGACGGGGCCAAGGAGGGACCAACAGGUGGGGUGGCUGCAGAUGGCACCAUUCCCUCGCCCGCUAGCGGAGAUGGAGACGUCGAGGUUUUUUCUGCCCUGCCGCCCAUUGUGCCAACCACAUUGCGUCUCCCAAUCGGUGGCUUUAAUUCUUCGCCGCUCUUUGUAGUCGGCUACAGCUCGAAAAAGCCACCAUCAAGUCGAGGGCUGACCACGCCGCAAAGAGUUGACUUGCCCAGCGAUAAGCCCGGUGGAACGAGGGGCAAUCGUAGGGAACUGCACUUGCUCUUGCAGGAGAAUGAUAGUUCAACAACCGCUGGCCGUGCGGCUCCGAUCGGAGCGGCGAGUAGUUCUAGUUCGGGAGAGUUGGUCGCUGGUCGUCCUUCCGUUCGCCCUCCACGGACAUUUGAGUUCAUGCUGCUCGAUACGCUGAAGGCGAUCAAGGCAGCGCUGGGAGCUGGCCUGUUUGAGCACGCCCCCGGUAAUGACGAGUACCUCCGCACGGGCCUUCGAAGCAAAGACCGCAUUCCGAUCUCUGGAGCGGUUGUCACCGCACUGACGCAGGUUUUUCUGCAAUUGAUGUAUUCUGUUUCGAGGCUGCAGGACCCGGACACUCCCAAUGUGCUGAGCAAGGCUGACGCAAAGCUGUACGCCAAGUGGAAAGCGAUCGGCAAAGCCGCCGGAGUGGGAGGGCAUGGGCUUACGGUGCAACAUGCUCAUAAUGUAUUCCACCCAGCAGUGGUUCCCGGCAACGGAAGCAGUGCCGUGCUUACCGCCGCGGAAUUAGGUCGACUGAAAAGCUACUUUCAAUAUGAUCCAGCAGGAGCAGACGCAAAAAUGCUGUUGAAUACCAAUGACGCGGUUCGAGAUUUCGAAACUUUACUGUUGAAGAUCCAAGACCGCGAGCCCGAGAUCGGGAAGGUAAUCAAAAAACUUCUGCCCCCACAGAAAAUCGACCAGGCCACCGGUGAGCCCGAGGCGGAAAGGCAUAAGAUGAAGUUUUUGCCCGCAACCAAAGAAGAGUACUACGAUCAGAGUCAGGCUUUCAAGACCCUGGUUGCAACCGCCGCCAAGGGGGAAAAAACUCCGCAGGAAGAAUUACAAGAACGUCUGAAAAAAGCGCAGCCAGGGGCGAAAGCAAAGCCGAAGGCGAAAGCCGCGGCGGAGAAAAAAGAGAAGAAUGUGUACGCGAGCUUGUACCGAGGCUUGACUACCGUGGUCAGCGCUAGCGCCAAAAAUGACGACCUGGAUUGGAGUGAGGGGACUUUGUGCCAGAAUUACGAUAUCCAGUUCAUGUUUCCCGGGCAGCACACCGCCUUCGCCGACAGCGUCGCGCUCGCGCAGGUGUUUUACCAGUUACUUAUAAAAAAGAGGGCGCCUGCAGUGCCGCGCCGGUACCUGAACUGGGGCGAAGCUCACGGCCCCCUGCUCGCCAAACGGGAGAUUGACGUGGUGCCCAGGGCAGAUGGGGAACUAUUGACGGCAGCUGAGCGGGUGCUCGAGCAUGAGCGAUUAGAGACCGUGGCGCAAAACAAGGCAGAGCCGGACCGCGUGAAACGUGAGGAGAGGGUUAUCAACAGUCGGUUGAAAGAAGAACACCUGCGGAUCAAGCAGGAAAACAAGGCAGAGGCGGUCCGCAUGAAACGUGCGGAGAGGGAUAUCACCAGGAGGUUUAAAGCAGAACGACUGCGGAUCGAGCAGGAGGAAAAAGACAGACGAGCAGAAGCUCUGGAGAGACAAGCCGCGGAGGACAGGGAAAUAA